GAGUUUAUAAAAAGCGCAAAGCGCAUGGGAAUCGCGAAACAUUUACGUGUCAAACGUGAGCUUGUUCCAGACAACUGAUAUCAAUAGCGAUAAUCUAUAAAAUGAAAACCCUCAUUGUGUGUAGCAUUCUAAUGACGCUCGCAUUGGCCCAUCCUCAACGUGAAGGAGCAGCCUAUACUAAUGAAGCCAUACGCCAGGCACAGCAGACUUUUCUCAUACCAAAAGAUGCACAAAUUCAAAAUGUGCAAGAAGGUAUUGAACUGGGUGCAUACGAGGCGAUUCCCGGAAAUCAGCGGAUAAAUCUAUUCGAAAUCCUCGGUGAUCAAGUGCCAUCUGAAGUUAUUAACAACCUUCAGUCACAAGUCGAUCAGAUUGGUAGGAAUAAGUAAACUCGAAUUGUUAACUAAGUUUUAAUUAAAAUAAUUUUUGUUUUCCCUUGUAAAAUUUUUAUGUUAAUCUUUGGCAAUUUUAUUUUUGUUUACAUAAAAUAUACAAACAUACCUAAACUAAAA